AUAUUUUUUUAAUGUAUUAUAUAUAACUUGUAUGAUAUUUUUAUUAAAUAAACUGCGAUGCGUGAUCGAUGUACAUUAAUUAACACGCAGUGUCAUUAAGAUACAAAGUAGUGUUUAUUUGCGUAUCCUGAAUCUAAUACGAUGAUAAGAAUUGCUUAUCUCAAUUUAUAAAUGCAAAGAGAAAAUUUUAGUUGGACGAUAAUGGAUGAUAUUAAUAAUAAAGAGCAAAUGCCGCUGUUUUCAAAUUGCAAUCUUGAUUUAAUUGGUCAUACCUAAUAAUCAUGCAUGUUAUUUAUAUAAUAAUCAUAUAAUCUCACCGAUCAUAUUAGAUUUUCUAUCUAAUUUGGGAAUAUUGAAUAUUCGAUCAUUCCGGUACGGAUAUUACAUUGCAUGCAUCGCCGCAGGCGCAUUAUUUCGAGCUGUACAGAUUUCCACUGAUGCAAACAACUUUGAACAGACUCUACUAAAAUUCUAAAUUAGUCACAAUAAAUACAUAGAUCCAGUAAAGUUUUAAAUAAUCGACACACGAAAUUUUUAAUAAUAUCAAAAAUAUCCGAAUGAUAGAAUGAAUCUUUCGUUUUGUUCUUUUAUAUUUUCUAUCCUCGUUUCCAUUUCGAAAACGUUUGUUCGAUAAAUGUGUAUUGUCAUAGUAACGAUGACUGCGAACACGCUGGCGAGUCUGAAACCUGAAACACGCAUUAUCGGAUCUAUCGCAUUGUAUCGCACGUGUGAAGCGAUUGUUUAGGAAGCGUGUUCAUUGAUCCUUCUGGCAUUCUUUUAUUUUAUUCAUCAUUUUUUUUAUGAUUAACUUUCAAAAAUGAGUUUGAUACCUUUACCUAAAGUACAAUGCAGUUUACCCAAAGCGAGAAAGUAUCCCAUUGACGUCUCCGGUACGGCAAAUAUAUCUUACGGGCACAAGUUGCGCGAACGUAAAAGUUGCCACAUUGCAAAGCACCAUGGUCUGGAUAGAUCUAUCUUCGAAGGCGCAGAGAUGGAGGAGGAGAAGAGGGAAUACGACCAGUUACUUAAAAUUCUGGACUUCGAAAAGGAAACCGAUCGGAAAAUCAGAAACAAAAAUCUUCGCCAACGAGUCCAACGAGACAUGUCGGCGUACGAGGAGAAUCUACAGGCGCGUAGGGAGAAACUACGCGAUCUCAUAUCAAGCGAGGAGGCGAAUUUAACAAAGGACAUCAUAGAGACGGAGCGGCGGGAUGAGCUCGCUCGGCUCGAGGAGAAGCUUGCGAGAACGGAGGAGUUGAGGAAACGGCACGAAGAGGAGCGUGAGGCAAUAGUAGCCGCGAAACAGAUGCAACAGUAUCUAGCUUCGUGUCCGGAUAUUAAGCGGGAGCUGUCGCGGAGAUCCGCGAUCGACGCGAAGCGAUGUAACGCGGCUCAGAUGGCGAACAACGAGGCGAAGAGAUUAGCGGAGAAGGAACUAGACGCUGUCUGGCACGAGAUAACGCUGAGGGACAUCGAGGCACAGAGGCGGAAAGAGGCGGAGGAGUCGGAGAGGCGAACCUUAGCCCAUCAAGAAGCAGUGUCCACUUUAGCCAAGCAAGUGGCGGACAAGUUGGCGCUGGAAGAGGAGAGGAAACGGGUCAAGAGAGACGAGCAGGAGCAUUUGAAGCGGCUAUGCGAGGAUAACCGUCAAGCGGAGUUGAGGAAUUUCGAGACGGAAAGGCAAAAGCGGGAAAAGUUGAAGGAAGAAUUUGAGGAACAGAUCCUGGCGGCGAAGAAGUUACUCGCCGAUCGUGCUCGUGAGGAAGCCGCGGUGGAUUGGACGUUCGGGACGCUGGAGGAAGAGCUGGCCAAGGAGAAGGCUCGCGCGAAACAGAACACCGCAGCUCUUCGGGCGGAGUUGGACUCCUAUUUGAAGUACCUGGAAGAUUUGCAGCGGGAGGAGGUCAAGCGAAAUUACGAGAUGGAAGCGAUCGUGCGACAGUCGCACGAGGACAUCGAGGCGAGACGCGAGCUCGCGUUGAAGAAAUUCAAGGAAGCUCGCCGGCGCGCUACGCAGGAAGUUCUCCGCGGCCGGGAGGAACAGCUGAAGGAGCGGCAGGAGUCGGAGGAGCGCGAACGACGGCUGAAGUUGGAGGAGCGGGAGGCGCUUGAGAGGCAGAUCGAGAUGGACGCCAACUUGACCGCGAUGGAGCAGAAGGAGAGCAGACAAAAGGCGCUUCGUUACGGAUUGGAGCUCAAGGAGCAGCAGAGAUGCGUCGAAAUGACGAGACGCCACGAAUUGGAGGAGGAACGGCGGUGCUACCAGGCCGAGAUGAAGAGGCAGGCGGAGGAAUAUCAGAAGCUUACGGAUGAGCUGUUGAAUGCUUCCGAGAGCAUCACGCCACAUCCGUUUAAGGCCCUCCUAAAGGAAUGCCUGAAGGAGUCUCCCUCCUGA